AGGUUACAGGAAGACUCCAACCUUGAUACCCGUAAAUACCGACUUGCUUUCUCAUUCAUCCGCCUUUAUUCCACGACGCGUCUCUCAAACUUUGCCUAUUCUGAUGUCCUCGUCCACAACCGUUACGGACGGUCCUGAGUUGCAAGAGUAUGAUCCUGAAGCCCCUGGACCUGCCAUUUCGGUCCCGGACUCGGGGGACACUGGGGAGGGUGGCAAGCUGAAGAUGAUUGUACAGUUAUUGAAGAAAUGUCUGGGUGUGAAGGAUAUUGCUGCCAUGCGUCUGUCUUUGCCUGCAUCGCUACUGGAACCUAUACCUAACCUGGAGUACUGGCACUACCUGGACAGACCGGAUUUAUUCGCCGCUAUCAAUGAUUCCGAUGACCCCUUUGAGCGCAUGUUAGCCGUUAUUCGGUUUACGUUCACCAAGGAUCUUAAGUUUAUUCGUGGCAAGCCUUGCAAGCCGUAUAACUCCGUUCUCGGAGAGCACUUCCGCUGUACUUGGGAUGUCAUUCCAGUGAAAUAUCCUUCCGACCCCAGGGCGCCGCCAAUCAAUCGGACAUACGUUGCGCCCGUCUCUUCCGAGAACACCUCAUCAGCAGGCUCCCAGCGCAUCAUCGCGCCCCGCCUCAUGCAGUCCCAGUCGGAGACGGCGAGCGUCAAGAGCAUCAAGAGCACCAAGAGCGCCAAGAGCGCUCGCAGCGGCUUCAGCUUCAUGUCCUCCGUCGGCUGGAGCACGCCCGCGACGUCCCCGCCGCUCAGCGAGACCAACCUGGAGGCGGACAUGUCGAACCUUAGCCUCACGCACUCGAGCUCGGAGAACAUUAUUGAGGAGGACGAGGAGGCGUCGUCGGAGCCGCGCGUGCGCAUCGUCUACCUCACCGAGCAGAUAUCCCACCACCCGCCGAUAUCGGCGUACUUUGCUGCGUGUCCCUCUCGCCAUCUAGAGUUGACGGGGAUUGACCAGAUCAGUGCGAAGGUCUCUGGGACUACUGUGCGCGUCGGCCCGGGGUCAUUCAACAAGGGUAUAUUCAUUCGUAUCACUGGCGGGCCUGGUGAAGGGGAGAUGUAUAGGGUUACGCAUCCAGUUGCGCAGGUUAAUGGCAUAUUGAGAGGGAAUUUCUAUGUCACCGUCGGUGACUCGACGAUCAUCACCUGCAGUGGUGGGAAAGGUAACGACAAGCUACGGACGAUCAUUGAGUAUAAGGAAGAGUCUUGGCUAGGGAAGCCGCACUACGCCCUGGAGGGGGUUAUCCACACGUACACGGAGGGCGAGAGCGAAGUCGAGGAGUGGACCAAGGUGAAGCACGUCCCGCAGACGCGCGUGGUGGCCGUCUUCGAGGGCUCGUGGAGGGGCGUCAUACGCUGGCGCCGCGCGUCAUCCGCAUACUCUGCCCCGACCACACCGGCGGCGUCCCAGUCGUACCUGUCCGCAGCGACGUCGCUGCUGUCGUCCAGCCACUCGUCGUCCGAGUCGUCCGCGUCAAGCUCCCGGUCCGACUUGAGUGGUGCCACAGCGAACGCCUCCGGUGCAUCUGAGUGGGCGACAUUGCUCGACCUGACGCCGCUGCACGUCGUGCCGAAGUCUGUGAGGCCGCUCGAGAAGCAGCUGCCUGACGAGAGCAGGAAGUUGUGGCAGGACGUCACGGCCAACUUGCUCAAGAAGGAGUACAGCGAGGCGACGAAGCACAAGCACGCGAUUGAGCAGAAGCAGAGGGACGAUGCAGCGGAGAGGAAGCGGAAGGGGGUCGAAUUCGUCCCGAAAUACUUUGAGAAGGAUAUCGAGUCCGGCAUCCCCGUGCUCACCGCGGAGGGGAGGAAGCAGAUCGAGCACGAACUCCAGGAGCCGGCAAGCUAUCCCGUUGAAGGCAAGACCGAGAAGCAGGAGGCUUCAUGAUACGACAACGCACCCAGUUAUGGGUGCUCAUCAAUUACGACCCUUUUAUGACUGAACGAUUUCCUCUUGCUCCAUCUCCAUCUGAAGGCUCUGACACAUUUAUCGUGUUUUGUUUAUAGCUGGUAUUCGGAUCUUGUUAUGUACCUAUUAUCUUGUUUGCUGCGAGUAUCGUAGUGGUCGCUUUGGACUUCAACAACAACAACACUAACACCAAUAACAUCCCCUUAACCCCAUGCAUAUGCAUAUGUAGUAGAC